UUCCGCGAUUGGCUAGCUGUCACCUCGAAUACCCGCCCCUCCUCGCUCCGCCCUCAGAGGAAGAUGAGGAACCCGGAGUUCGGACUGCGAAAUCAUGGCAACGUUCAUGGAGCGGUUAGCUUUCCUCCAGAAAGUGCCGACCCUGAUGAAGGCUACCGCAGAUGAUGAAAACCCCUGUCCUGGCUACUUGUUCCAGGAGAUUGGAAAAAUCUCCCAUGAAUCUUCAGGUUGUGGUCAGUGUUUGUUGGAGUACCUUUUGGAGAGGCUGCAAGCUGGGUCCUGUCACGUCAAAUUAAAGGUGCUGAAGAUCUUUGUCCAUCUCUGCAGCCAUGGUUCAAACCAUUUCCUCACAGAACUUAGAAGGAACUCAACCUUCAUCCAGCAAGCGUCAGUUUAUAGUGGCCCACCUGAUCCCAUUCAUGGCACAGCAUUGUACCAGAAAGUGAGGAAUACAGCACAGGAAGUGGCCAGGUCACUUUUCACAGAUGCAAUGUUAAACAAGAGCAGCGUCUCUCCACUCAACCACGGCAUGGGUAUGGGCUCUGACCACAGGUCAGGAAUGCAGGGCUUUGGUUACAGUCCAGGGAAGCAGGGCACAGGCAGUGACUCACUAUUGGAUAAGAUCCAGAAAGCUGCAGAGGUAGUGGCCAGUGCUGUCCUACCACCGACUGAACACCAGGGCAUCCGUCUCCAAGAAAACCAUUAUAGGGCCGUAGUGGCGCCGUCUGCACCCAUAGAGGUUGCGAUGCCUGCAUGUGCCUAUAACCUGCCUGCUCGCAAACCGAAAGCAGUGACCCAGCGGUGCCCGGGGAAGGUAGGAGGCGGCUGGGAAGAGACCGACAGCGGCAACAGCUCCUCUCACAACUCCUCUCAGGACAUCGCAGCCAACAGCAGGGCCUCAGCUGGCAGCAAGUCAGCGGGGACCGGGAGCCAAUCGGGGGCCAGCAGAGAGAGCAGUGGGGACCUAUCAGAACGGGUUGAUGCUUUGCAGUUGGGGGACUGUGGCCAGGAGAUGGCUCUCAUCAGCAGACUGACUGAAGGAUCCAGGGUGUUCCUGUCCAGAGAGGAGAACCAACACUUCAUCAAAGAAUGCUCCAUUCUUAACUGUGAGGUUGUGGUGGAGCUGCUCUCAAGCAAACUUCAAGAUCCCUCAAACACUGUUAAGAUGAGGGCUCUGUGUGCUAUCGCAUGCCUCAUGACCUCUGACCUCCUCUCUCUGGAGCAAAUGUUUGGAGCCACACAAAGGAGACUUCGCCAGCUGAGUGAGGGGCCCCCAGGGCCUGUGGCAAACAAAGCCACCAAGAUUUUGCGUCAGUUUGAAGCUCUGACCGGUGGAUCUGUGAACGCUCCCAAGCCGGACACAGCAAACGGCAGCCACCAGGCUACAAGUAAUCAGCCACACACAUCUUCAUACUCAGGCCCUUUACUACCGUCUUGCUUUGCUGACAGCACCAACCUCAACCAUCUUCAGCCUGACAUUGUGACCGUAGAUGUCCCUCAGCUACCAGAUCCCCCAUCAUCCCCUUCUGGUCUGGCUUUGGUACAGAAACACUCGGCAGACCUGAUGCUUGACGGGGGUGAGGUGACACUUUCUUCCAUUCAUCCAGAGCCCAUCAGGACUGCUGACGUUGCACUGGCUGUUGAUGAUCCAGAGCUUACCAGAGACAGAGGUUCCUCUCCUCUCUAUGAGCCGCAGAGCGAGCAGCUCUGUCCGAGCAGAGUGUCUCUGUUCAGUGGAAUGGAGCUGGUGAACAGGGGGAGGCCGCUGUGCGAGAGGGAAAGAGAAAUGUCCACGACUGACACAGACAGAAAGGAGGAUGGCUUAAAGCAGAAUGCAGCUGUGUAUAGGUCUGACGAUGCAGAACAUUCAACUGCCCCUGUCACCAGUACAAACAGUGAGAGUUCUCCUUCAUUUUGCAACUCGGCUGCAUCCGAUAGCAGCCAGCCAGUAUCUGCCUUCUCAUUUCUAAAAUGUUGACCAACAACUGCUGCUGGGACUGUUCUACCUAAACCAAUGAUGUCAUCACAUAUAUAUAUAUAUAUCAUUUUAGGAAAUCUAUUUAAUUAAAAAAAAACUCAGAUCUGCAAGGUUAUACUGUAGAGGCAGCAGAUUCAUAUUAUGUCCAAGUUGUCUAUUCAUAUAUGUGGGGUGCGUCUGUGGAAGCUGUACUUACAGGAGUAGCGUGUGGGAUUUAUGCCGAGUUCACAUUUCAUGGUUUUAACCCGAUUUUCCACUCGGUGGAUGUUUUGGAUCUCUGGUGUACACAGAAUUGAUUCCAUUCAUCGUACACUGUUUACAGUUGGACUAGUUUCUACACAAAUGUUUCUCCACCCAAAACACAAACAGUGACACUUCUAGUAGCUGCUCAAGGUCCAGACAACAUUUUGGCUCAUCUUUAUUCACAGUUAACUGCAUAUGAAUCCAUAUAAACUAAAAAGCUGAUUGCUGAUGCAUUUUGGUUCAUGUUUUCUGCGUGAUUUGCGCUCCACAUUAACUGCUUACUUGCAGGAAACCAAAGGCUCCUCAAACGUGAUAGGCCAAUCUUAAAAUGCAAACCGGAAGGCUUCCAGCUCUAAAAUAUUCACCUGCAGAAUCUUUUCGUAGUGUGUGAACUCUUCAAAGAAUACAGAAUUUGAGAGUGUUGCUGACACGUUGUCUCCUCCGACUACAUUUCUAGCAGGCCAAAUAUCUAGAUAAGUUAAGAACAAAUAUAUAUAUAAAAUUUGCCAUUUAGAGCACAAGGCGGGGUGAAGAGUGCGUAGUGUGUGACCCUGUCGCCAGUCAAUCAAGUGGUAUGAUCUGCACAGUGAUACGAUGUCUUUAAAAGACGUGUAGUCUGAACUAUGCUUGGAGAGCCUUUUAUCAGUGAGGUUGCACAUUGUGAUCAACUCAACCCCUCCCCCCUCUCUUUCCAAAAAUGUAGCAGAACCUGCAUUGGCCUUCAGUUUGCAUAGAAUACAAAACAUCCUCCUCAGAGCCAGUGUUUUGUUUGUCCCUUCUGGGCUACUGGAGAAACAAUGUUAUUCAAUAUGAGAGGAGGACCUGCCUCUCAUUUCCAUGUGACUGGCUCAUUUUAAGUGAACAAAAACAUGAGUUACUAACAGAAAACAGGUUGUGAUUAUUAUAUUUCCUUUAUACAAUUUGUGCUAACAGGGUUGCUUUGAAUCCUCCACGCUGCUCCUUUAAGCAGCAGAAUUGGUGAGAGACAGAUUAAGGACUCUGUGCUGUAGUCGAUGAGGGAUGUUUCACGAGUAUGGUCGUCUUGAAUUACAGGUUCUAACUGAUGGCUGCUUUAUCUCAGGAUUUAUUUUAGGUAACAACUCUUACACCUCCGCAGCAGCCCCUGAAACCUCUGAGAGACAAUCCCUUGAUUUGUAAUUUGCACUACAAGUGCUUUUUGAUUUUAUGAUCUCAUGAAACUACAAAGAAGUCGUCUUCCAUAUUUCGUUGGUACUAAGCUAUCAGUAUUAGUUAAGUUAAGUCAUUGUACCCUGUAUUGAUUGAAACCUACCCAUGAGAAUAGAGUGCAUGUCUUUUAUGAAAAAACUGAGUGUGGAGAACUAAUGUGGACAUUUUCGCUGACAUUAUCUUUGUGCAAUAACCAAUGUGCGAAACAUCUGCAAUCAGCAUAAUGACAAAAUAUCUCCAACUUAACAGUCACUUCUUAAUAUAAUGUAAACUGCAUCUACUAUGGUAAUUUCAGUGACACAUUAUAAUGUGGCAUUUAGUACAAACGACAUACCAUAAUGGAAACCUACUGGUACAUAGUGAAAGCUACUGUACCGUUACUGCUACAGUCACUUUGUUUCAGUGAGCCAUGCUGCUGCACAGGUUGAAGAAUAAAACGUGCUGUGUUUUGUUACAGCAACAACUA